UCACAUUCCGGCACUGUGUUUACAGUUGUGUGUUUAGCAAAAAUGUAUUGUCGGCUUAACAUGGUGUACCUGAUAUGUGCACUUCUCCUAAUAGUGUCUCUUCAAGGAACUGUCGGAGCCAGACUUCCACAGUCCCAAAAGGACAAAGAGCAAAUGCUGAAGAACGUACGAGAAAAAAUCGAGUCUCUGCAAAAGCAUUAUCAUACAACUGGUACAGAAUGGUUUGGAAAAUCUGUUUUGUCUUCUCAUCUGCACCAGCUGAAUUCCAAGGCCUCCUGCACUUGUCAGUCUCUGCUGCUUGAUAGUAUGUUGAACAUCACUGAAACAAUUUUUCAAGACAUGAGACGGAAAGCUGAGAAUGAAGAAACAAAAACCAGCCUCACAGAUGUAAUGACUGAGGUGAAAAUGCUGAGACACAAGUACAGUGAAGAACAGAAAGUAUGGAGGGAGCUUCAGGACAUUCACUCAGUCGAGGUGAAUGAUGGCAAAAUCCAGAAAGGAGCACUAAAUUCCUUUCUCAUUUUGUAUGAUCUGGCCUACUGAGGAAAACCGAGAGGGACAAUCACCGAGAAUCCUCUUAAUUUCUCUGGCUGUCAAUUAUUUUAAUAAGUAUUAUU